AAAAAGUUUUCCUGCCAGUCACCGAGGGAAUCCUGCCUCGACGGGCAAUAAAGGAGUUCAGCAGUAAACUAGGAGCGAGAUAGUAGAUACAGAGAUACAUCUACAAGGGAGUAGAAAAGCAAAUCUCUUCAAUAAUCGAUAUGGCUCCUCCCAAAGUUCUCAUGGUCGCAGAGAAGCCUAGCAUUGCUUUUUCUAUUGCGUCUGUUCUCUCCCGCGGUCAGAUGUCUACAAGAAAAGGAAGCACAGAAAUUCACGAAUUUGAGGGGAUAUUUCUUGGAUCCCGUGCACACUUCAAAGUAACAUCAGUUAUUGGGCAUAUAUUUAGUGUAGAUUUUCCUGCUAAAUAUCAGGAUUGGACAGCUAUAGAUCCUUCAGAUCUUUUUCAAGCUCCAGUUAUAAAGAAUGAAUCAAACCCAAAGGCACAUAUAUGUAGACAUCUAAAUCAAGAAGCUCGUGGAUGUCAUUAUUUGGUAUUGUGGUUAGACUGUGAUCGUGAAGGAGAAAAUAUAUGUUUUGAAGUUAUAAAAUCAACUAGCUUCAAUGUAAAUGAAGCUCGGAAGAGGAUUUUUCGUGCACGCUUUUCUUCUGUUACUGAGAAGGAUAUUCUGAAGGCUCUGGAUGAACUUGUGGAACCCAACAGAGAUGAGGCACUGGCAGUGGAUGCUAGGCAGGAGAUUGAUUUAAAAGUUGGGGUUGCCUUUACUCGAUUUCAGACGAGUUAUUUCCAGGGAAAAUAUGGGAACCUAGAUGCCAGAGUUAUAUCCUAUGGGCCAUGUCAAACUCCUACCUUAGGCUUUUGUGUGCAGCGGUAUUUGCAAAUAAAUACCUUCAAACCAGAAAAGUUUUGGACUCUGCACCCUUACAUAACACACAAUGGCUAUGAAAUUCAGCUAGAAUGGAACCGAGGCAGAUUAUUUGACAUGAAUGUUGCUGUUAUGUUUCAAAAGUUAGUAACUGAAAAUGGACUUUUGGAAGUUACUGAUGUAUCUGAAGAACAGAAAACUAAAAGCCGCCCUGUUGGUCUGAAUACAGUCAAUCUUCUGAAGGUUGCGUCAAGUGCUUUAGGAUUUGGACCUCAGUUGGCCAUGCAACUAGCUGAGCGCUUGUAUACUCAAGGUUUCAUCAGCUAUCCGCGCACAGAAAGCACAGCAUACCCGCCUUCAUUUGACUUUCAGGGUGUACUCUCUGCACAAGCAAAUAAUCCGAUAUGGGGUCAUUAUGUCCAGGGGCUACUCACCAAUGGUUAUCACAAACCUCGAUUAGGAACAGAUGUAGGUGAUCACCCUCCUAUCACCCCAAUGCGGUCAACUUCUGAGGAUAUGGUAGGCAGUGACGCAUGGAAGUUGUACCAAUAUGUCUGUCAGCACUUCAUGGGAACAGUCUCCCCUGAUUGCAAGUAUAAAAGGAGAAAGGUAGAAUUUUCAGUCGGUGGAGAGUCCUUUCAUUGUACAGGGAUGCAUGUUACUGCCAAAGGAUUUACAACCAUUAUGCCUUGGUUAGCAGUAAAUGAUAAAAAUAUUCCAUCCUUUGCAAGAGGGCAGAAAAUUGAUGUGUCAAAAAUGGAGCUAUGCGAGGGGACCACUACCCCUCCAGAUUAUCUGAGUGAAAGUGAGCUGAUUUCCCUUAUGGAGAAGAAUGGGAUCGGAACAGAUGCGUCAAUUCCUGUACAUAUCAACAACAUUUGUGAGCGGAAUUAUGUGCAGGUACAAGCAGGCAGGAAGCUUAUCCCAACUCCGUUAGGUGUGAGUUUAAUAAGAGGUUAUCAGUCAAUUGAUCCAGACCUCUGCCUACCUGAUAUCCGUAGCUUCAUUGAGCAGCAAAUUACUCUCAUCGCUAAGGGUCAGAUAGAUCAUUCUCAUGUUGUGCAGCAUGUGCUACAACAAUUCAAGCAGAAGUUUAGUUACUUUGUUAAGAAGAUUGAAAAUAUGGAUGCAUUAUUUGAAGCACAAUUCUCCGCACUUACUGAUUCAGGGCGUACUCUUAGUAAAUGUGGUAAAUGCUUGCGGUAUAUGAAGUUCAUUUCUUCUCAGCCACCACGAUUGUAUUGUAAUACAUGUGAGGAGGUUUACUAUCUUCCACAAAAGGGAACAAUUAAGCUGUACAAGGAACUGGCUUGUCCUUUGGACAACUUUGAGCUUUUGAUCUGCUCCAUGCCUGGCCCAGAGGGCAAAUCAUUCCCACUCUGCCCAUACUGCUACAGCAAUCCUCCAUUUGAGGGCAUUGAAGCACUCAUCAAUACAGCUAAAAUUGGUGCUUCUGGCAAGCUAGGGAAGGGAGCUGGCAUGCCAUGCAUCCUCUGUCCUCAUCCCACUUGCCCAAACUCUCUGGUUUCUCAAGGGGUCUGUGCUUGCCCUGAGUGUAGUGGGACCCUUUUCUUGGACCCAGUAAGCGCUCCCAAGUGGCGACUCUAUUGCAAUAUGUGCAAUUGCCUUGUUCUUCUUCCUCAAGGUGCUCAUAGAAUCUCCACAACUCAGGAACGAUGCCCUGAUUGUGACUCUACGAUCAUAGAAGUGGACUUCAACAAGAAAACAACUCCUCUGGAAGAUGGAGCUACACUGCACCGUGGUUGUGUUCUUUGUGAUGAGUUGCUUCAUUCCCUUGUGGAGAUGAAACAUGGGAAGAGUUUCGGUUCAAGAGGUAGAGGGAGAGGCAGGUGGAGGGGAAGGGGAAGGGGAGGCCGUGGUAGAGGAAAAAUGAUUGACCCAAAAAUGAGUUUCCGAGACUUUUAAGCACUCCCUUUCACGUCUUUGUCAAUUCGAAGAAGUACAUUAUUAUGGAGCAUGAGCUGGCAGUUCGUUUGGAUGAUCCUUUGGUUCAUUAAUUUGAAUGUAUAAUUUGGUUCUUGCAAAGUUUCUCUAAUGUUAGAUAUUCACUCAAUUUUUCGCUGUUAUCCCCUCCAUGAGAUGCACGGUUGUAGCAUUAUUGAUUGAUUGAUUACUUGUUUGCAAUGGGUCGAAUGUGCAUGGAUUUUGUUGUCACUUGAUGUAAAGAGCAUGUUGGUGUGGUUUAAUUUAUUUUGGUAAAA